AUGAGGAAGCGACAAGUGGUUGUGAGAAGGGAAGAACCUUCAAGAAACACAAGCAAUUCAGCAGUGACAGUGAGAAACGUGAGGUAUGCUGAGUGCCAGAAGAAUCAUGCAGUCAGUCAUGGAGGACAUGCUGUUGAUGGUUGCAGGGAGUUCAUGGCAAAUGGCACUGAAGGAGCCGCUCUUCUGACUUGUGCUGCUUGUGGCUGCCACAGGAACUUCCAUAAGAGGGAGGUUGAGACUGAAGUCACUUGUGACUGCUCUUCACCUCCUUCCGUUUCUGGAACUUGA